AGAUGAAGUAAACGGUAACGAAGUCUUCUCGUGGUCCAGUUGCACGCGUCCUGUGUACUUCGUGGAUGAGGAGACUCUCUUGGAACCCAUUUCCAACGUCUAUCAGGUCUUCGAGAUCCCACACAUCUUCAAACUGAACUUUACUCUCGACUUUGGUGAAAACGGAUUUGCGGAACUGAUGAACAGUCCCAAAAUUAUGUCAGUCAAAAUAGAUCUCUUGGAAUCCCCUUUCGGAGAGUUCGGUAUCCAGACCCAAGUUGACAGCGAGAGAGAACGCAGCAGUAAUGACGUAAUGAUGUUGAUGAAGACGAAAUUUUACGUAACAAUCCCAGCUCUUGGAAGAACAAUGAGUUUGGACAUAAACUCAGACAUUUUCGAAGACUUGUCAUUGAUAAACGAUUACCAGAUUCAAACGAUUUCUUCUGAAUUUGGACAAGAAGUCGAGAAGUUCUAUUCGGGAGUGAUGGAUUUGAUCACUUGUUCCGAGGGAUCUCAGGAUUUCAUAAACUCGGCUGUUAUGACUCAAAUGGGUGCCGCCUCUGAAGAUGAAGUGCCUGUCAACUUCUGUUACGACAUGGAACUUGAACUUCCCAAUGAUCAGGGAUUUUUGGCUCAGCAUAUCAACUACCAAACUAAGUCUGGGGCCAUUGACUACAUGCUGGAUGUUGAUUAUUCCUGCGAGGACUACAAAUACAGAGAGACUGCCAACUUCUCCAUAAAUGAGUCCGGAUUCUGGAAACUUGCCGGAAACAUGAGUGAGCCAAGCUGCUUUCUCUAUAACAUCACCAAUUACCCCUUCCACGAAAUUCCGCUGCAGAACUCUUCAGGAGUGGAACUGUUCCUCAGUACCGAAACUGGGUUCUUUCUGAAACUCAAUUCCUCCGAGCAUGCUGUGAAACCAAGUGUAAUAGCUUACUCGUUUUUGAACGAAGACUACGCAAUGCGCUCGUUGGCCAAUCGCACUUCUAAUUACGUAAUCUGCUCCGUGUACCCGACUGCAGAUUACGAACAUGUUUUGCAGUGUAACUCCGACAGCGAACUCGGCUUUUCAUCCAUUACUAAUCUCGCCUAUGACUACGUAAACACGACUAUGAAGAAUGAACAGUGUGGAGUCCUGAAAGCCUUCUUGAACUCAACUUUGGUCCAGCUGCAGAUGCUGAACAAGAACGGGACUCAGUUUGCCAAUAUGUCUAUGGAGUAUGCAGGAUUUGAGCUCAUGAGCAUGGUCGCAUUCUACAAACCAAUGAACUCCUCGAACGGGACCGAGUUGUGUAGAGUAGUGGACUAUGACAUGGUGUCCCAGUCUAAGCAGAUGCACACGGACGAACAAUGUGUACAGGACAUGAUAAGGGAUCCAAUGUGGUCUAAAAUAGACACCGAAAUGCUCGACACCAUCUCAACCGUCGAACCAGAAGAUGCUUACGAAAUGACAUCUGAAUGGUUCAAACAGGGACAGAAGAGUGGCUCUAAUUUGUCCAUGCAGGAGAUGAUGGUCAUGAUGGCAAACAUGCGGGACAUGAUGAUGGACACAUUAGAGUCAUACUUGAUGCUGUAGAAACAGUAAUUGAGCCAAUGUUCAUGCAAAAGCGAACAUGACUGUAUAACUGAGAAUAAAGUUAUAACUAUGUAAUUGGAUUAACUUUGAGUGAUCGAUUGAA